UCAGGGAGGCGGAAAAGACACGCGCUCCCGGCCCCCAUCAGGGCGCAUGGCCCGGGCCCAUCCCCCGCGCGUCUCCCCGGCUGCGGGGCGCGGGGGGCUGCCGGGUGCGCUUGGCUGUGGCGCGGCGCGUUGGAGACUUUAUUGCGAUGGGACGAUAAGAGGGGCGGGGGCGGGGUCCUGGGGGCCGAAGCGGCAGCGCUUUAAUUAAAACGGAAAUUGCGGCCCCUGGCCGCGCGGGGACCAGAGGGUUCCAAGCGGCCCCUUAGCUGGAAGCGUUGCUCCAGGACCCCCCCGCCCCGCGCAACCCCGCCACGCCCGGACUGCCCCCUCCCGCCAGGCCCUGCUGGACCUGGCGCGUCUUCUCCUCCUUGUCACCCGCGGUCGCUUCGGGCGGGGAUCGGUGCCACGGAGCGCAAAGCCUGCCUCGCCCCCCUUCCCCGUCCCCCCCAUCUCCCACCGCCCAGUCCCCGGCAGCGAUGAGACAGAGCGGCGCCUCCCAGCCCCUGCUGAUCAACAUGUACCUGCCAGAUCCCGUCGGAGACGGUCUCUUCAAGGAAGGGAAGAACCCGAGCUGGGGCCCGCUGAGCCCGGCGGUUCAGAAAGGCAGCGGACAGAUCCAGCUGUGGCAGUUUCUGCUGGAGCUGCUGGCUGACCGCGCGAACGCCGGUUGCAUCGCGUGGGAGGGUGGUCACGGCGAGUUCAAGCUCACGGACCCGGACGAGGUGGCGCGGCGGUGGGGCGAGCGCAAGAGCAAGCCCAACAUGAACUACGACAAGCUGAGCCGCGCCCUUCGCUACUACUACGACAAGAACAUCAUGAGUAAGGUGCACGGCAAGCGCUACGCCUACCGCUUCGACUUCCAGGGCCUGGCGCAGACGGGGCGGUCGGGUGCCUGCGGCCUCGCCCGCACGCCCAGAGUCUCACCCGAUCCCAUCUACAUCCCGGGGAGGGGCCCGGGAACCUCCCAAUCGUCCUCUAACCAAGAGUUUACUCCACCUGCCGCACUUAGCCCCGGGGGACGGACCGGAGCUCCCUCAAUCCGUGUCUGA